AUGAAAUUCUUCCACGCCUCGGGUCUCGCUCUUGCGGGAACCACGCUCAUCUCAUCAGCUUCGGCUCACUCUUGGGUUGAGUAUGCCUCCAAGCUCGCUCAAAAUGGCACCAUGAUUGGCAAGAUCGGUUAUGCUCGUGGCUUUGUGCCUCGCGAUUCUACGAACCCUCCUUACACCGACACGAUCCCCCAGAACAUUCUCCCCCCCUCGGGUCAACCUGCUUACUCUGGCAAUGAGAUCCUCAACAAGUUCAAGCUUGAGAAGAACCCUCAGUUCCCUAUGCUUGAAGCUGCCCCUGGUGACUACGUCGCUCUCAUGCACCUUGAGAAUGGCCACACCACUCUCCCCGACAACCAGCCCAACAAGCCCAGAAACCGCGGCACCAUCUAUUUCUACGGCACCACCCAGCCCAAGGAUGAGGAGAAGCUCUUUGACGUCCACCUCCUCUGGAACAAGGAGGGAACUGGCGGCGACAAGCGCGGCAAGCUCAUCGCCACGCGCAACUACGACGACGGCCAGUGCUACCAGCCCAACAACCGGGACAUUAGCCUUGAGCGCUCUAGCAAACUCGCUCCUCUCGGCGCCAUCCCCACCAAGGAACUGUCCUGCCAGUCCGACAUCAAGCUCCCUGAGGACCUCAAGCCCGGCGACAUCUACACCAUCUACUGGUACUGGGACUGGCCCGACCUGAACGGCGACAAGAUCGAUAUGGAAGUUACCAAGAAUGGCAAGUUUCCCUGGGCCGGUACUUUCAUGCGCGGCGAGAAGGAUCCCAACGGCUUCUCCGCGGAUGCUAUUGCGCGCAAUGAGAGCUACUCUAGUGUCAUCGACAUCAAGAUCACUGGAGCUGAGGGCGCUUCAUUUGCUGCCAAGGGCUCACAUAUCCUUAACUUUGACGACGAUCAGAACAUUUACUCUGCCGGUAUCGAGGAGCAGAUGAAGAGUAACUUUCAGGUGGAUGUUGACGCCGGCAAGGGAGACGGAUCCCUUCCUUCGUCUACCGCCAUACCCAAGCCUACUGCACCCGUUGGCGGAGGAGCCGGCAACGGUGAUGGUGUCGCUACAGUGACUGUCACAGAAACUCUCAAGCCUUCUCCUGUGGUCACCACUGUCUACAUCACUGGCCCCGCCGAGUCUCCCGUUGCGUCUGAGCCUGCCCCUGAGCCGACCGAGGAGGGCCCUAGCACCAAGACAAUCACCACUACGGCCUUUGUCACCAGAAGCAAGACCGCUCUGCCCUCUGAUCCUGUGCCUACACCGCCCACGGCUUCGACUGUAUACGAGACUCUCUAUACUACUCGACCCAAGCCACAACCUACAGGUGGUGAUCAGCAGCAACAGCCACAACCACAGCCAUCCACAGUCAUUAAGACUAUCGUCACUCACAUCAACAAGCCUACUUCCACCGGAGAAGCCGCCGCUCCUCCGCAGCAAACUGCCCCCGGCGGUGAAUACCACGAGAAACCUUCUUCCGCCAAUAGCGAUGUCCCCGCGCCUACAAAGAGCGACGGUCCUCCCAUUCCCACGCCCUUUCUCCGCCGACGGACGAACUGGGUGUUUGGUGACUUCUAG